GGUCUCUUUCUUAAACUAUUUUCAACGUACUAGGAUCUGGGACAUUAAUUGUAAUCUUUAAAAAUUUUAGGAUUUUUUUGGACGCUGCCUAUAUAAAUCAAAAUAAUAGAUGUGAUUAACCACUGCAACUUAUUAAAGUUGAUGCACGUCUGCUGCGCUGUCUUGCCUUGCCUUGCCUUUGGUGAUAGGAGGGAACAUCUGAUUGACGAGACUAUUGCAUCGGACGUGAAACCUCACAGCAUCGACUGACAUUUGUCUAGACUUUUUAAUCCAUUUGGAGGCUUUCUUGACCGACUCUUGUGCACAGGUGUUGAGUCAGGCUGUUCUGAUUAACUGUGACUGAAUCUAAUGCGCUGGGAAUGUGUACUCGCGAAAUGUCUGAAGUGACUCAUUUUGGUUCACUGUGGAACUGGACUUUUAGACACCGGACAUGAUGAUGAUGCCGCGGAGGCAUUUCGGAGAGGAGGCAUUUGCUCUCAGAUCCGGUUUCUCAAAAUUUAUGUCUUCAUCUAGCACAAUGUAACUAAAACCGAGAUGUAAACCAGAAUAAAUGGGCCAGUUUUGAAUGAAUGCUCUGUCUUCUCAAACGUCGAACUCGAGGAUCAAACACAUACUAAAAGCCUGGGGGAUCUUUUAUCCUGUUCAACAGACGCUCUGUAUUCCUCGCAAGGAUGCCAGAUAUCUUGUCUCUUUACAUUGCAAUGGAAGUGCUCACUGCUCUUUUUUCUGUCACUGGGAAUGUGAUGGUGGUCUGGGCGGUGAGAAUUAACCGAUCUUUACGGGACACGACCAUUUACUUCAUCGUCAGUCUGGCUCUGGCGGACAUUGCUGUUGGAGCACUUGUCAUUCCUCUGGCUAUAACCAUAAGCAUCGGAUUGAAGACUCAUUUUUAUAGCUGUCUGCUUGUGGCAUGUACUGUACUGGUUCUUACUCAAAGUUCAAUACUUGCCCUCCUGGCUAUUGCUAUUGACCGCUAUCUGAGGGUCAAGAUACCAAUGAGCUAUAAAAGAGUGGUGACUCCAAAACGUGCAGGCACAGCAGUGGUGGUGUGCUGGAUGGUGGCCAUUGUAGUUGGCCUGAUGCCCAUGUUGGGCUGGAACAAUCUGGAGAAGCUACGGCAAACCAACGGCACUCUGGGAGCUGACCAUCUUGUAACCUGUGAGUUUGAGAAUGUCAUCAGUAUGGAGUACAUGGUCUACUUCAACUUCUUCGGCUGGGUUCUGCCACCUCUCGUGCUCAUGUUGCUCAUCUACGCUGAGAUAUUCUACAUGAUUCACAAGCAGCUUAAUAAGAAAGUCACUAUCAACCAGACUGACCCUACCCGAUAUUACGGAAAAGAACUAAAGCUCGCAAAAUCUCUCGCGCUGGUACUCUUUUUGUUUGCUGUUAGCUGGUUGCCUUUGCAUAUCCUGAAUUGCAUCACUCUCUUCUGCCCUGAUUGUGACAAUUCCACAUACCUCCUCUAUAUUGCUAUCUUACUCAGUCACGGCAACUCUGCCGUCAAUCCCAUUGUUUAUGCAUUUCGCAUUAAAAAAUUCCAGAAUGCUUUCGUUAAGAUCUGGAAACAGUACGUGUGCUGCAUGGAGGUUACACAUCUGGAUGAUCGGCCCAGCCUUCGUAGAGAUAGUAAAGAGAGAAGACUGCGGCACAAUGACAUCUGACUAAACACUAAACCGGGUUUCUAUAUAACUUUUUUAAAUAUUAUAUUAGAUGAACUCUUCAAUGGAAAUGCAGCCUGAAAUAAAUGCUGCCAGUUGUUAGAACACAUUUGCCACAGAUUUGGAGAAAACCAGAUGAAACAUUAGUGGAAAGGUUUCCUUGAAAAAUUCAGUUUUCCAAUCAGUGGUGCAUAGAAUAAAUUACAUAAUUGGUGGGGGACCAUAAAACGAAUGAAAGUGGCCUCUUUCACAGAAAUAGCCACACAGUCCAACUGGCACUUUGAUCUGUGGGAAAAUAUUUAUCAUGAUCAUUGUGCUCUGACUGAAAAGGGCUUUAUGUAUUGACAGCAAAAGUGCAGCCAAAGCUGGCUUGGUAUGACAACCAUCUGAACCACCACUCUUUUGCUAAGUCAACAGCAUAGCAGUGUCUGUCUGCAGACUAGGAACCUUGAGAAAGGACAAUGAGUUGUUGAUGUUUGUUGCUUUGCAAGACUGGUGCAAGUCCCCAGUUUUCAGAAAUGCAAGUGGGCCCACUUUGCCUUAAGGAGAACUUUGGUUGACUUAUUGGUCCAGUUUCAUCAAAAUGACAGGGAAAGUUUUCUGUGUUAGAUUUGUUUUAUUUUUCAAUGUUAUGUUCUGAAUUAAUAGGUCCAGUGAUGUUAUACUCAUCUCUACUUUGUUGUAGGUGUAACACAAUAACCACUGGAAGAUGACUUUUUGAUGAGUGUUACAUUUUAAUAUUUGUUUGUGUGAGAAUUUUAAGAUAUUUACGUGUCUUGGAUCUCACUGAAUAAUGCUAUAAUGAAACAAAAAUGUAGACAGGUUUCUACGCACUUAAUAUUUAGAGGACCUGAGAAAGCUGUGCACUGACACACAGGAAGGAACCUUGAA